AUGACAUCGGAGUGUAUGCAGAAAGGACAGCUAAUGACGACACCUGUUCAAUCGUAUAACAUCCGAAAGAUAUCAGUAUCGGAUCCUGAAUGGGGUGGUUUGACCCAGAGAGACUAUGAAAGUAGACAGAGGGUAAUAUGUGAGCAUCCCACGCUAAGAGUUGGAUUUAAACAGUGGUAUCCGUCCGCCACGAAGUCGAUAACGGAUGGCACCCUGGUUUACAGUGGAUUCUCUGUGGAGUUGCUGAGUAUACUUGGAGACAGGCUCAACCUUAGUAUUGAGUACAUGGACUAUGAAGACGAGGAGUGGGGCACUUUGGUUAAUGGUACAUGGACUGGAAUACUGGGGGUAUUGAAAAGUAAGAAAAUUGACAUCAUAGUCCCACUGUACUCCAUCUUAAAGGAUCGCCAGGAGCACUUUGACUUCACCUAUCCUGUCCUAUUUGACGGCCAGGUAAUAGCCGUGUACAAUACCACCACGCCGGAACAGUCCAUUUGGCGACUCGGGGUAAACCUGGUGAGUUGGCGCAUCAUAGCCUUGACGCUGAUGUCUCUCUUCGCCACAGCCAUUACGCUGACGAUAACGCAACAUUUUCGUCACGCCAGUCGGAAAGAGCAGAACGCCGUCCGGAUCUGCGAAACGACACUUUGUAAGACGUGGUACCUGAUUGGGAGUUUGUUAAAACAAGGUGAAGAUGGCCUCCAGCCCUGCUCUAACCGGAUAGCUCUGGCCAGCUGGUGCUUGUUCUGUCUGAUCAUCUGCUCCUCCCUCACAGCGGCUCUUAUUGCCUCUCUUAGCGCCUCAUCUUCGUGGAAACCCCUCACUUCUCUGCAGCAGCUGGCCAACCAACGCACGUAUAAGUGGGGUAUGGUCGCAGGGGGCUACAUCACCACCUUUGCCCAGUCAAAGGAAAGGGAUGCUACCCUGCGGAGAUUAUGGGCUGGCAUUGAGGAGUUCCGCGUUGAUGACCCUGAUGUACUCAGCAGCUCUAGAGAAGUUCAUCUGAAGAAAGUCAGGCUGGGUUCUUACGUUUUCCUCAGCGACGCGGUCAUAUUGGCACGGGUCCUGGCUGACAACUGCGAUCUCCACUAUUUUCUCGUACCUUUCCUCGACCAACAAACUUCGUUCAUACUACAAAAGGGUUCCCUGUUUACCGACAUGCUCUCACAACAGUAA